AUUAUUAGAGUUACUUUUGAUUUUAUCUAAUAAUUUCUUUGUAAUUUUUACUGUAACCUUGUGAAAUAAUACUUUAUAGAAACAUGUUUAUCUAGACAGUUAAACAUUUACCCAAGAUAAAUAUUUACAAAGACUUUAACAUUAAUGAGUCUUGAAACAACAUUUUUAAAUACAAUUGGUCAGAAUAAAGGCAAGGAACUUUUUAAUAAAGAAUUCAGAGAUGAAAUCAAGGUCCACAAUGCUCCUUCUAAGUCUACAAAAACUCACAUUACUCCUAAAAAGCCACCUACAAGGAUCACAAUUAACUCUAAUAAUUACAAUGACAAUGAUGACAAGAUAGUAUCUGUUGAUAUUUAUGAAGCAUCAGAGUUACUAUGUUGCCGCUUAUUUGAAACUUCAGAAACGAUUGAUAAUAAACCACCAUUCGCUUUUUAUCCUGAAGAUCGUGAUGAAGUGGAAGUUCUCUUUGUUGGUUCUAAGCCUUUGCCCAUCACGUUCGAGAAAACUGAGAAUAAAGAUUUUGAAGUGGGAAUAAAUGAUGAAAAACUUUGUUAUUUCACAAUGCAAGUGGCAGAUUGCCUAAAACGUUACCGGAGGAGGAGAGAAAAAAACUUGCGAAAGAAGCGAGGUUGAUGGCAUUGAAGGUUGAAGAUCUUACAGAUUAAUCAGGGGAGGAAAGGAUGAUGUCAUUGGAAGUUAAUCAACUCCUAAUCUGUAAUUGUGCGAGUAAAUUUUAUAAUGCAUUUUUUUUUUAUAAAUUUCUUUUAAAAU